AUUUUUAUCUAUAAAUAUAGGUCGGUCACCCCUUAUGGGGGUCAUCAAGCUCAUCCAGAAGCUCCAGUUAGAUGACUCAACCAUGGGCAAGAAACUUUCUUCUCCUCUUGUAUUUUGCACCCUAAUGGUGCUACUUGCACUAUUCUUGAAAUCGGAGGCUGGAGGCAUUGCGGUUUAUUGGGGCCAAAAUGCGGGGGAAGGCACAUUGACCGACACAUGCACUUCCGGAAUAUAUGAGAUUAUUAACAUAGCCUUCCUCUCAACAUUCGGGAAUGGCCAGACUCCUCAGAUCAACCUAGCCGGUCAUUGCGACCCGUCAUCCGGCAGAUGCCAGAAAGUGAGCAAUGACAUUCGCCAGUGCCAAGGGCAAGGGAUUAAGGUCAUGCUUUCGAUCGGAGGCGGCCAAGGGAGCUAUUCCCUAUCCUCGGAUGAUGACGCGAGGCAGGUAGCUGACUACAUAUGGAAUCACUUCCUAGGGGGCCAAGCCAAUUUUAGACCCCUUGGUGAUGCUAUAUUGGAUGGUGUAGACUUUGACAUUGAAGCAGGAGAGCCUCAUUAUGCUGCCCUUGCUAGAAAACUAUCAGAGUAUAGCCAACCAGGUAGAAAAGUGUACUUAAGUGCAGCACCACAGUGUCCAUUUCCUGACCAGUGGCUUGAUGAUGCUCUUAGAACUGGCCUUUUUGACUAUGUUUGGGUCCAAUUCUACAACAAUAGACCUUGUGAGUACAAUGCCAAUAACAUCAACAAUUUUAAGAAUUCAUGGAAUGAAUGGAACUCUAUCCCGGCCGGGUUGAUCUUUAUCGGGCUGCCAGCUUCUGAGGCUGCUGCCGGCAGUGGUUAUGUUCCGAAACAAACGCUAGUGUCGGAAAUUCUACCAUUUACCAAGGGGUUUUCGAAAUAUGGGGGUGUCAUGCUGUGGGAUAGGUAUAACGAUGAGCAAAAUGGAUAUAGUUCUGCCAUCAAGGGCAGUGUUUGAACUUUGGUCAUUUAUAUAUGUGACUUCCUCUUAGCCCUUAAGUCCUAGAGCGACAUUCUAUGUGCCUUGAUAUCAGUAAAAUUGUUCUGUACUAUAUGCUUGUGUUUUACUCUUUCAUUUGUUGGUUUGGAAGUUUUUGGUUCCACCACUAUUGUGUUUAGUGAAAGAAAAUGAAAGGGAAAAAUAUUGUAAAAUAUGUUUUUGGAUGUAUUAUGUGUUGUAUUGAUUACUAUAGAAUUGAAGAUUAUGUAAAUUCGUAACGG